CCGGCUCCGCGGUGGCGAGGCCCCGGCUGAGGAAUUUGGUGUGACGUCACGACAUGCAAUGCGAAUGCGCGUCCGCUGAGGAAUGUAACCUGAAGGUUCCCGAGCAGCAGUAGCAGCAGCCACGGCCUAACAAUGGCGGUGAUGCUGGUCGAGCGCUAGCCGAACCCUUCGCCAGGUCGACUUUCGGACGUCGAGUGCCGCCCCCGGAUGGCCGCCCCCGGAGCAGAGUGACAGGGCGACCCUUCGAGUGCCUUCGGACCCAAGUCGGGCCCACCAUGGUCAAGUGAAACGCGCAAAGCUGCUGGAUGCACCAACAUGCUCAGUGGAAGUGCGGACGUGGGGAUGACGGGCAUUCCGCAGAAAGUGCACCGAGGACUGCACGCGGGUCUCAUCGUGGCAGCGCAGCCAAACCAUUACUCGACGCUCGCCACGGCAUCCCCAACGCGGAGCUCUAAGGCGCAAGAUGUGUCUUCAUGGCUCGCUUGCCGCCGAACUUCCCAAUCGAAGUUACCUGAGAGGGACAAAGAGGGAUGGAAACAAGGGGGUGCUUGGCAGCCGGUAGAGGAGUACACCCUGGACGAGACAAGUAUGGCCAGCUUGGCGUACGAGGGCGUUGGCUCGGCGGGCUCAUCGUCGACCAGCUCGUCCAAGUACCAGCAGCUGGUGUCGCCUCCGCCAGCUAGCAAGAUGGUCAAGGGCAUCCGGGCGGUCAGCAUCAUGGACACGCUGUCGCAGCUGGCCGGCACCGAGUCGCUGGCCCCCGCGCCCACCCCUGCGCCUCGCUCGCACCUGAUGCACCACAAAAUGCUGCCAGCCACCCCUGUCGCCCCACAGCCCCUCAAUGGCAGAAGCACGCCCGCGAGGACAGUCAAGUCGAGAGGACGCACCCCCGACUGGAUUAAGAAAAUAUUCGACUACGCCAAGCGCGGAAAACUUGAGCAGCUUAGGAUGUCUCUUAAAGACAUGGAAGCAACGUUAGUGAGAAACCUGUCAGACCACCACGGGAACAACCUGUUGCACAUCCUCGCAUGCCAGGGAUACGAUGGUGCCCUCGCUUGGCUGUGUUCCUCCCUUAUGGUCGUCCAGUCGCAGCUCGAAGGCGCUCUCGCUGACGAAAACAGGUCUGGACUUACCCCCGUCGCCUGUGCUGUCAAGUACGGACACUCAAACUGUGUGGAAUGGUUGGUGACCAACACCAAAAUGCGGGAAAAACUAUCCUCAAAGGACGGUGAAAGGUGUCUUUUGCACAUUGCAGCCAAGUACAAUCAGGUGUCAGUUCUGCAGUGGCUAGUCAACGCCAUGAAAGUACGGGAAAUCGGUUUGGACCAAAGGGAUCACUGUGGCGACACACCUCUGCACCUAGCCUCCAGGAUGGGUGGCCUCGAGAUCUGCAGGAUUCUUUUGUCCAACGGGUCCAAUGUGACAGCAAAGAAUGACCUUGGCAUGAAAGCGUCCGACAUUGCGUUGGCUGCUUCUCACCCCGCUGUCCAGCACUACCUGAACCUUUUCGAAAGCUCUAUCAGCAUGGCUGGAGAGCUGACGCAGGCCAAGAGCACGGUUGAAUCUCUGAGGGAGGAUAAUGUUAAGCUCAAAGGACAUUUCAAGGAUGUGUUAAGCAUUGGCAAGCGACUGGCCAAGGAGCGAGACGAAAUGUGCAGGGACACGCUUGGUACCUUGCAAAAGGUGGCAGGGCUGGCUGUGCAAGAAAAAGUGGCCUCCGUUUUGUCCGAACUGAUGGAGGAGAACAAAAUGCUGCGCGAGCGACUGAAGUUGCCUUCGCAGAGCACCUCGGUCGAAAACGUGGGCAGGUCACUCUUACAACUGCCUGGCGUUACCUCAUCUGCAGGAGCCAAAUCCGGCGAGGUUGCCGGCAGCCAGUGGAGAAGCUUUUUGGUGUCCGGACUGGCCGACAUGGAGCACCGUCUUCUCAUUGCGGAAGAAGCAUGGCGCAAGAUGGCAGCCAAUCAGGGUGCUCACACUGAACAGACAACCAUUACCUCAGAAAGGUUGCCUCUAGACAUAAUCAGGCACCACAUUGACCAAAUAGAAGAGCAGCAGCGAGCGUUGGCCAGCUCAAGCUUUACCUUCACCUCGGAGGCGAGGAGUCUGUCCUCGUCCGAGUCCAGUCUGGACACCCUGCUGUCCCUUCCUGUCAGUUCAGACAACAUUUACAGCCAACUAAUGGAAAGGAGGACGCCUCCAAGGGUGCCGCCGCCGACGACACCUCACAAGCCAGCGCCACCGCCGCCGAGCAGUCGACGUGAGAGCCGCGAGGAGCUAAAGCGGCGCUUGCAGCAGAUGGCGCUGACCUCUGAGAGCGGAAACGCCAGCGUGCUCGAGGUCAUCGAGCCGACCACCAGCGAGUCCGAGGAGGAGCGCACCCCCAUUGGCAGGACGCCCUUUCUCGCAACCUCAUCCCCAAGACUGAAGGCUCUGAGUAUGUCCUUGGAGGAUGAGUUGGAGAAGAUACAAGAGCCUACCAACUAUCCCCGCUCCUCCCGCCAGCAGCACCAAAGGCGUUGUCUCAGCGUGCAGAACCUUCUAGACACAGAGGAGGUUGAAGUGCGACUGCCGGACAAUCAACCUGACCUUCUAAUCGGAACAGUUAGCAUGGACGAGACGGGGGACGAAGAUGUAAUGUCAAGUAGUGCACGAACCAGAGGUCAAAAGAAAAGGACGUUUCUCCAAAAAAUUACCAUGAGAGCUGGCUGGACGACCUCAAGGCGGAAAACUAACAUGUACAAAAAAGCGCACGAAAUCACACCAGACGACUUCAAGGAAACCUACAUGCCCCGAACAGUCAGCUCAGACAGUCCAGCUUUGUCCAGCACCAGCCAACACGGCGAGUCAGGAGAGGACACACCGCUCCACGUCCGUUCCACUGGUUCCAGUUCCUCCAACGAGAUUUACGGCCAGAAAAAUAUGCCGGUGGACACUGCUGAGCAGACGGAAACGGAGGUGAGCGUAUCUGAGCCUUUGGCAGAGCCGGAACAGAGUCCCGUGCAGGAAGAGCCGCCACCGCCCAUCCCUCCCAGCUCGCCGCCCAGCACGCAGAGGCUGGUGAAGAAGACGCUGGCGGACUUCAAGUCUGGCCACCUGCAACAACACCACCAUCAUCACCACCACCAGAUCGAGUCGAUGAGCGUGACCACGUCUGAAGAUUCGGGCUUCGUGGCGCGACCCUGCUCGUCCGCGUCCAAGUCGGACUCGCUGCUGUCCUCGCGGCCGGACUCUAGUUCGUCUAGCCUGCUAAAGGGCUUCACCAUGCGGAUGUUGGCCACUGAGCUGGCGAACGGACGCAUUUCGCCAGCGCCUUCCGACUUCUCGAAGGCCGAUAGCACCAGGAUGCUCGGCAAGAUCGAGGAGACCACCCUUUGUCCCGACCCGGACACCAAGAAGGCCAGUCCAGCUGUCCGAUUCCAGCGGGAGAAGAGGACAGCCCCACCGCCGCGCACACACGUUGAGAAAGAAAAAGUCCUUUCAAAGGACGUUAAGAAUGAAAAGGCCCUGGCUGAAUCCUUGAGCAAGAAACGCAACGAGCGAGCUUGGUACGACUUGUCUGAUGAGGAACCCGACUUGCUGACUACGGCUACGCGACUCGGCACCAUGAGAACAUCAAGUGACGAAGAGUCAAUGCGGAACUGAGGACUCAAACGAGAAUGGCGCGGUGUCAGUGAAAUAUUAUUAUUUGAAGAAUCGAAAGGAGAAUAUUCAUAUUUGCCAUAAACGCGUGACUGCUUCUUGAGAGCCAAGCCAUAAGUGCGAAUACUCUUUGAACUGUUAAUUGCAAAUUAUUACAUUUUUUGCUGAUGAUGAAAAGAAGUAAGAUUUAUAUCAAUUUGAUAACAAGAAUGGCUCAACUCUUGGAAUUUUUAUUUUAAGUCAAAGGCUGAUAGUGGUUUUGGUUUGCUUGGCUAUUCAAGCUUCUGUCCCAAUCUAGGGUCAGCAGAUAUGCUGGACCCGUGACCUAUAUUGUCAAAAACCCUUAAAUUAAAUCCUGAUGCAGCCAAGUGGACCGUUUUUGUCAAAAUUGUCACUCAUUAAAAACGCACUCUUUGACUGUAGGGAUUUGUAUGAAAUAGGCGGUCUGAAAAGUUUAAUGCCAUAUCUUCUGAAGUACAGAAAUUUUGGCUCUUAAGUGCAAGAGUUAACUUUGGUUGUGAAUCAAAUCACAGGCGAAAAUCGUGAACCGUUGAUAACAUAAAUGGUUUUCUACAGAUUUUAAAUAUAUUAUAAAUAUUUAUGAUGAUGUAGAUAGUACACGAUAAUAGCAAUACAGUUAAUGGAAUCACUCAGGAAUCAAUUAUUGCAUUAAGUUUCAAUAUAAUUCUCCAAGUUGAACUGUGGCUUGUCAGCAUGGCCCUUUAUUUUAACUAUAUUAUUACGUUUAGUUCAAUUGGUCAUGUUAAAAGACGUUAAAGAAUUUACUUUAAUUACAUAACAAGAAUGUUUGAUGCGAGAUUUGCUUUGGUCCGAAAAUACUCGAUUGCCAAGAGAAGGGCAAAAAUUGAUUUUCUGGGCAUUAGCAACUUGAGAAAAAUCAGCUUAUUUGCCUGCUUCAAUCACCUGGACCUAUAGUACUAGUUAAAUAAAUUAUUUAUUCCUUUAUGCAUAUUCCUUUCUUAAUUUGGAAUGACGGAUAUUUUUCAAUUAGUAUUAAUUGCACAUUGUUAAAUCUUCUCUUCUCUAUCUCUUGAAAAAUAAAACCAUUUUUU